CCCACCACCACUCCGCUACAUCCGCAUCUUAAAAUAACCAAUGCUUCCUCGGGCACCCGGAUUGAAGCUACGAUAUAGCCCCGAGCCCCGUUCAAUUUACAAAGAUCAGGUGAUAUAAAAGUCAACCUCAAGCUCAGUCCAUCAAAAGUCACUAUCAGCCAAACGCCAUCAGCCACAGCAACGUGUCAGAUCUCAAUUUCAGCAAUUCAAAAACACACUUCAAAAUCACAAGCCAAAAUCCUUUCAAGAUGCCAUCUCCCUUCGAAUCGGCUCCACGUGGCAUCAUGGUCCUGAACAACUUUCUCUUCGCAAGUGCAGCCUACUUCGCCGACUGCAGCGAGUCACAUCUUUUCAAUCCCCGGUGGCCACCACAUGCCAGGUUUCACAAUGGCCAGAGUAUGUCCUUUGGCGCGCUGGCUGCAGGAUUGGCCAUCUACCUUCUCUGCCGCCGUAGUCUUUCGCUUGAGGCUGCCAAAGACAAUCUUUUCUCUGCCGCCUGUGUUGGUUCUUUGACUACGAUCGCGGGUCUUUCUGCGAUCUUUUACCCUGGGACUGCGUGGGUUGAUCCUGAAUUCGCCAAUGGAGCUCGGAUAGCGCCCCAGGUAUACGUUUUUUGGGGCCAGCUGUUGAUUAAUUGGUGCGCGUAUGUAUUGGAGAAGGGGAGACUGGACAAGCUUGAGAAGCCGAAGAGAAGCAUUUGAAUUCGGCGUGACUUGCUUCUUUUUCAGGGCUAUCUAGUUUAUGUGUGACUAGACUCUUGGGCGUUAUAUUUCAUCUGUUGCUUAAAAUCUCUAUACCCUGCUGGUGUGGGAUGAAUUAUAUGCCGUGCUCGGCAAUUUGGUGGUGACAAUAUUGGAUAUAUGCCAGCAAAACUGCUCCCAGGCCUACACGAAUAUGGAAGGUGAAGGUUACUAUAUGAGCUGUACAUAAUAGACACGAUGCACGGAAAGGUAGAAGAAUGGAAAUCAUCGGUAGGGAUCAACACUUAGA